UGGCCGGCGAUGAGGAUGGAGCGGGGCCGCAGCCGCUGCGUCGGGCCGUGAGCCCCGCGCUGCAGCAGCCUCAGCCCCUUGCGAAGCGCCGGGCAGCUCGGGAACAUGGCCCUGGAGCGGCUCUGCUCGGUCCUCAAAGUGUUGUUAAUAACAGUACUGGUAGUGGAAGGGAUUGCUGUGGCCCAAAAAACCCAAGAUGGACAAAAUAUUGGAAUCAAGCAUGUUCCUGCAACCCAAUGUGGCAUCUGGGUUCGAACCAGCAAUGGAGGUCAUUUUGCUUCACCAAAUUAUCCUGACUCAUAUCCACCAAACAAGGAGUGUAUCUACAUUUUGGAAGCUGCUCCACGUCAAAGAAUAGAGUUGACCUUUGAUGAACGUUAUUAUAUAGAGCCAUCAUUUGAGUGUCGCUUUGAUCACUUGGAAGUUCGAGAUGGGCCAUUUGGUUUCUCUCCGCUUAUAGAUCGUUACUGUGGUGUGAAAAGCCCUCCAUUAAUUAGAUCAACAGGGAGAUUCAUGUGGAUUAAGUUUAGUUCUGAUGAAGAGCUUGAAGGACUGGGAUUUCGAGCAAAAUAUUCAUUUAUUCCAGAUCCAGACUUUACUUACCUAGGAGGUAUUUUAAAUCCCAUUCCAGAUUGUCAGUUCGAGCUCUCGGGAGCUGAUGGAAUAGUGCGCUCUAGUCAGGUAGAACAAGAAGAGAAAACGAAACCUGGCCAAGCUGUUGAUUGCAUCUGGACCAUUAAAGCCACUCCAAAAGCUAAGAUUUAUUUGAGGUUUCUAGAUUAUCAAAUGGAGCACUCAAAUGAAUGCAAGAGAAACUUCGUUGCAGUCUAUGAUGGAAGCAGUUCUAUUGAAAACCUGAAGGCCAAGUUUUGCAGCACUGUGGCCAAUGAUGUAAUGCUUAAAACAGGAAUUGGAGUGAUUCGAAUGUGGGCAGAUGAAGGUAGUCGGCUUAGCAGGUUUAGAAUGCUGUUUACUUCCUUUGUGGAGCCUCCCUGCACGGGCAGCACUUUCUUUUGCCAUAGCAACAUGUGCAUCAAUAAUUCUUUAGUCUGUAAUGGUGUCCAAAAUUGUGCAUACCCUUGGGAUGAAAAUCAUUGUAAAGAAAAGAAAAAAGCAGGACUCUUUGAGCAAAUUACUAAAACUCAUGGGACAAUUAUUGGCAUUACUUCAGGGAUUGUCUUGGUCCUUCUCAUUAUUUCUAUUUUAGUACAAGUGAAACAGCCUCGAAAAAAGGUCAUGGCUUGCAAAACUGCUUUUAAUAAAACCGGGUUCCAAGAAGUGUUUGAUCCUCCUCAUUAUGAACUGUUUUCAUUAAGGGACAAAGAGAUUUCUACAGACCUGGCAGACUUGUCAGAAGAAUUGGACAAUUACCAGAAGAUGCGGCGCUCCUCCACCGCCUCCCGCUGCAUUCACGACCACCACUGUGGGUCGCAGGCCUCCAGCGUCAAACAAAGCAGGACCAAUCUCAGUUCCAUGGAACUUCCUUUCCGAAAUGACUUUGCACAACCACAGCCAAUGAAAACAUUUAAUAGCACCUUCAAGAAAAGUAGUUACACUUUCAAACAGGGACAUGACUGCCCUGAGCAGGCCCUAGAAGACCGAGUAAUGGAGGAGAUUCCCUGUGAAAUUUAUGUCAGGGGGCGAGAAGAUUCUGCACAAGCAUCCAUAUCCAUUGACUUCUAAUCUUCUGCUAAAGGUGAUGUGAAUUCUUAAGUAUGUAUGUAUGCAGCCCCCAGGACACCAUACUGUUUCCAGCAGCCAACCCUUUUCUCCCAUCACUGCUGCGAAGACCUUGAUUUACCAUUAACCUGUCAUAUGGUGAUGUUUUUAUUCUCUCAGGCAGUCUAUAUAUGUUAAACCAAUCAAGGAACUUACUCUAUUCAGUGUGAACAAUAAUCAUCAUCUAUUGCUUUGUGUCAUUUAUAGAAAGCACCCAGUUAAAGAGCAUUGGAAGAGGUGGUUGGAUGGAGCCAGGCUCAGGCUGCCUUUUCGUUUAAGCAACGGGAAUACUGCUCUUGACUGAUACAGCUCUGUCAAUAUUUUGAUCCUACAAUAAACUAAGAUUUUUCUUUACAUUCCUUUUAUUUUUCUUUUCUCCAGAUUUGAUGUUUUAUAAGCUUGUAGUUUUACCAUUUCAGUUUCUUACAUAAAUACAAGUGGUUAAUGUACCACAUACUUCAAUAUAGGCAUUUGUUCUUGAAUGUGUCAAAAUACAGCUAGUUACUGUGACAAUUAAGACCCAGUUGUAUUUCAUCCAUCUGUUUCUUCUUGACUAAUUUCUGUACUUCUGCCUUUUAAUUACUGGGCCCUUAGUCCUUAUUUUCUUUGAGAAGUAGUAGAUGAUAUGAUUUAUCACCUUUCAAUUAAAUUUUUUCUCAGUUAUACUAGAAAAUUUCAUAAUCCUGGAAUAUAUGUACCAUUGCCAGCUAUGACUAAAAAUGUGAAAAAGAUUAAAAACUUGUAGCAAGCCUUUGAAGUUUCCCAAGUACGGUCACAUUCAGUGAUUGAUUGCCCAUUCAUUCCAGUGAACAGUCACUUCAUUCACUUUGGGAGAGGGCCAUAAUUACAUUUAUUUGCAAUGUUUCUCUUUGCUAGAUUGUUACAUAGCUCCCAUUCUAUUGGUUUUGUUUACCGCAUAUGGUAACCAAGGUUGGAUGCCAGUUAAAGGGAAUUCCUUAGAAACUGGAUGAGCCUUGAGAUGGCUUUUUACCUGGGACAGGACAUUUUUCUAGCUCUUCUCAAGAAAAACAACUUCCACUUUUUUUUAACCUGCACUUUUGACUUUUUUUAUGGUAUAUAAAAAUAAUUUAUAAACAUAAAAGUUCAUUGUGUUUUUUUAGACUUUUGAUAUUAUUUGAUACUGUACAAACUUUAUUAAAUCAAGAUGAAAGACCUACAGGGCAGAUUCCUUUCAGUGUUCACAUCAGCGGCUUUGUAUGCAAAUAUGCCGUGUUGGACCUGGACACUAUAACUUAUUGUAAAGACCUUGGUAAUGUGGACAUAAGCUCUUUCUUUCCUUUUGUUACUGUAUUUAGUUUGUGAUAAAUUUUUCACUGUGUGAUAUUUAUUGCUCUGAAUCACUACGCAAAUCCUAUAUUAAAAUAUACAUUGUACAUGAUCCUUUAAUCAUGUUAUUUAUGCCACUGAGGUUGUGGAUCUUAAGAUAUGUACAGAAAGGAACUCAUUUAUCAAAUUGUAAGUAAUAUAGACAUACCAUUUAAAAGAAGUAAAUCCCUGUUUUCUAUAUUUUGGUAGUAAAUUCUCAAUGAAAUAAGAA